UCAGAUGCCCCGGCAGCUGUGGGGCCCUACAACCAGGCUGUCAAGGUCGGCGACCUGCUGUUCCUGUCAGGGUCACUCGGGAUAGACCCUGCUACUGGCAAGCUGGUUGAAGGCGGCAUCGAGGCACAGACCAAGCAAGCGCUCAAGAACAUGAAGAUCAUCCUCGAGGCGGGUGGGGGCAGCGUCGCCAAGGUGGUGAAGACGACGGUCUUCUUGCAGUCAAUGGACGAUUUUGUGGUCGUGAACGGCAUCUACGCAGAGUUCUUUGAGGGACACAGGCCCGCGCGCUCUGCCGUGCAGGUCGCACGCCUCCCCCUGGGGGGUCUGUUCGAGAUCGAGUGCAUCGUGAGGUACGCGUUCCAUCUUCGGUCUGCUGCAUGGACGUGA